CCCGCGCCCUGCCCCCGCCGCGCUCCGCCGCGCCCCGCUGCUGCCCCGGCGGCCCCCGAGCGGGCGGGCGCUGAGCCGGCCCCGUUGUCGGCAGAGCGGCGGAGGAGCGGCACCGAGCGGUUCUGCUGAUGGAGAACGGGACGCUGAGCUCCAUCACCCGGGACGUGCACGGAGCCGCCGGGCGCAGGGGCGGCAGCUGCAGGGAGCUGAGCGAGGGGCAGUACGUGCUGUGCCGCUGGACCGAUGGGCUGUACUACCUGGGGAAGAUCAAAAGGGUGAGCGGCUCCAAGCAGAGCUGCCUGGUGACGUUUGAGGACAACUCCAAGUACUGGGUCCUCUGGAAGGACAUCCAGCAUGCCGGCGUCCCUGGGGAGGAACCCAAGUGCAGCAUUUGCCUGGGAAAGACAUCAGGGCCCAGGAAUGAAAUCCUCAUCUGUGGGAAGUGCGGCCUGGGUUACCAUCAGCAGUGCCAUGUCCCAGUGGCAAGUAGCAGUGAGGGCCCGCUGGGGACACCUUGGUUCUGCCGCCGCUGCAUCUUUGCCCUGGCUGUGCGGAAGGGGGGUGCCCUGAAGAAGGGAGCUAUUGCCAGGACACUUCAAGCCGUCAAGAUGGUGCUGUCCUACAACCCCGACCUGCUGGAGUGGGACUCUCCGCACCGCACCAACCAACAGCAGUGCUACUGCUACUGCGGGGGUCCUGGCGAGUGGUAUCUGAAGAUGCUGCAGUGCUUCCGCUGCCGGCAGUGGUUCCAUGAAGCCUGCACUCAGUGCCUCAGUGACCCCAUGAUGUUCGGGGAUCGGUUCUAUGUGUUUUUCUGCUCCGUGUGCAACCAGGGACCUGAGUACAUCAAGCGCCUGCCCCUGCGAUGGGUAGACGUGGUCCAUCUCGCCCUGUACAACCUGGGUGUGCAGAGCAAGAAGAAGUACUUUGACUUCGAGGAGAUCUUGGCCUUCGUCAACCACCACUGGGACCCUCUGCAGCUCGGGAAGCUGACAGGUACCCCUGUGUCUGAGCGCGGCCCCCACCUACUCAAUGCCCUCAACAGCUACAAGAGCAGGUUUCUCUGUGGAAAGGAGAUCAAGAAGAAGAAAUGCAUCUUCCGCCUGCGGAUCCGCGUCCCACCAAACCCCCCCAGCAAAGUGCUGCCAGAGAAGGCACCGGGUGAGAGCGGCUCCUGUGAGCAGAAGAGGAGAGGGAAGAGCAGACAUAAAGACAGGUGGGAGCUGCCCAGCACUGUUAUGCAGCCCCAGCCCUAUGUCUUGCCUUUUAUCUCUGCUUACAGCCUGCUCCCAGGGCAGCUCCAGCAGCAGAAGCGGCGUGCGGUGCGGCGGAAAAGGGCCAAGUUCCUGCUGGAGGACGCCAUCCCCAGCAGCGACUUUACCUCCGCCUGGAGCACCAACCACCACCUGGCCAGCAUCUUUGACUUCACACUGGAUGAGAUUCAGAGCCUGAAGAGCGCCAGCUCGGGGCAGACCUUCCUCUCUGACGUGGACUCCACGGAUGCUGUCAGCACCUCGGGCUCAGCCACCACCAGCCUGUCCUGCGAGUCCAGCCGGAGGACGGUGGGCAGCCGUAAGCGCAAGCAGACAGUCCUGACCCCCCCCUUGGCACGGCCCAAGCGUGGCAGUGGGGCUGCAAGCAGGCAGCCAGCAGUGGGCAGCCCCCAGGGCAGCGAGGUGACGUAUGGGCCUGAGCGUCCGGAUGAUGGCAUCGACAGCCACACCUUUGAGAGCAUCAGCGAGGACGACUCGUCGCUCUCACACCUCAAGUCGUCCAUCAGCAGCUACUUUGGGGCUGCGGGGCGGCUGGUGUGCGGGGAGAAGUACCAGGUGCUGGCACGGCGUGUGACGCUGGAGGGCAAAGUGCAGUACCUGGUGGAGUGGGAAGGGACCACCCCCUACUGAGCACCCAUCCUUCCAGUCCAAACACCUCUCCUGGAGCUGACAGCUGAGCCCUUGGGUGCAGCCAGGCCUUGGUGCAGCACAGGAGGAAGAGAAGGAAGAGGAGGAGGAGGAGGAUGCCCCGUGUUUGGCACCCUGGCUGCCUGGAGCUGUGAGGGGUAGAUCCCCUCUGCCUUUUUAUUGUAUUCCUUUGACAACUGUUAUUUUAUCAGCCCCGUAUAUGUAAAGAGCAGCGCUGUCCUGCUUCAGCCUUCAGUCACACCGGAGGCACCAGAGGAGUGGGGCAGCUCAGGCCCCUUCUGCAGCACGGGGGCUGCGUGGGCUCCGUGUGGGCUCAGCCUGCAGUCACCAUGUCCGGGUUGGAGCAGUGGUCUCACAGGGACCCAGUGCUAAAGCACCACUGCUGUCACACCAUGGAGCUCAAUGGCUCAUCCCUACACCAUAGGAAAUGGCAGGUGAUGCCGCAGCCCUUCCAUGGGCUUUCCCUUCUCAUGCCAUACCCAUUCAUCUGAGGAAUGAAUUGCUCUGAGGGGAGGACACCCUACAAAUGGCUCAGACCCCAUCCCAUGGCCUGGAUGUGCUGCAUUCCCCAUCCCAAACAAUCACCUCUUGGCAUGGCUCAGCUAAACACACACACGUGCCUUAAACCAGAGCGGGCACCACCCGGACUGCUCUUCAUUCCUUGAGAUGCCCAUUCUGCAGUGCCAAACCAGCCAAGAAACCAAAAAGGCAGCAGGGUGCUCCCCCAGCCCAUGGGGUUGUCCCUGUUGUGGGCAUGCUGCUGCUUCACCGUGUGUUUUCUAUAUAGAAGGAGAAUGAGAACCCCUUGUUGUCUAAAGCAAUACAGUCACUUUGUUCAGGAGCAACCUUUUAAGUUCUACUCUCAGAUGUAAUCAUUAGGUUCUUUCUAAGAUCCGCUGAUGUGUUUGAGCUGCAACACCCUGAGUGCUGGGCACAGCAAUACAAAGACCUGCAACGCCUUCAUGCUGUGCCACUGGUGCAGUGCUCAGUGCAGAGCUGUGUGCUGAGCUCUGUUCAGCUGCAGCCACGGCGCAGUUUGCAUCUAUUCAUCUGAAUGGAGCUGCCUCCAAGAGGCCCCAGUGUUUUGGCAGAGGUUGCUGCCAAGACCCCACCAUGCCUGGUGGGGAGCACCAUGUAUUUCCAUAUCACGAGUGCCUAUGGAGCCCAGGUGACUAUCCCAGUUACUGCCUGGGGGGCUGGGGACUGCCAGGAGCUGCACCCAGACCAACCCCAUGGGAUGUGCUGGGAGAACAUGGGUGACCCCAGCUUGGCAGCUCCCUCCUCCUCUCCCUCUCCUCUCCUCCUGGCCUAUUGCAGAGAACUGAAUAUGGAGCCUUUAAAAGUAUUUUUGUUUCAGAAUAUAUUUUGCAUUAGUUAUAAUAGAUACUAUAAUGACUCUAUGCACCUUCUAAAGAUUUAUGGUUUCAGGCUGCUGCUUGUAAUAACCGACUCUUGUUAUAUCCAAGUUGUAAUUAAUAUGUCUGAUGUACAAUUAUAAAGUCUUUUUUUCUUCUUUUUUUAACA